ACGAACAACAACAAGAGGAUCAUACGGUGCAACCCCUCUCGCAAAGUAAGGCUCUGCGGGAGCCACUGCCACGAACUGACAAAAGUGACAGGUUGUCAUCGGUACGGCUGGACUCACCUGCACAUCCCCCGAAUUUCGACCUGUCGAAAGGCGAAGGCCUCGCUCUGGAAGAAGUCGAUGCUAAUCCGGCAAUGGGGACGGCAUCGACUUCAUCCUCUUCGACAUCAGUGACUUUACCAUCGAUGGUUACAGUGACUAAAGCCAAACAGAUCGCCGUCGGAAAAGAAGUCUACGAAAUGACAGAUAGCCCCCGUGGUUUGUGCGUGAUCUUCAACAACCGUCACUUCCCGUGUGUUCCGGACAGGGAUAGACCAGGGUCCGAACUCGACGUCCAGCGGAUGAUGAUGCUCUUCAAAGAGUUCAAGUUCAUGGUCUUCACCCACGAGGAUCAGACAUCUCAGCAGAUAAUGUCGUUGCUCGACACCUACGCCAAUGAAAAAGUCCUCGAGGGUCACCAAGCUUUCGUUCUGAUCAUGAUGUCCCACGGCGAAGUCAAUCACAUAUACGGCAACGACUACAACCUGGUCAAGCUGCAGGAUAUCUUCGAGAAGUUCAACAACUACAAUUGUCCUGCUCUGCGAGAGCGACCGAAAUUGUUCUUCAUUCAGUCUUGUCGGGGGGGCCUGUCCGAUAACGGGGUUCCUGGCCGGGACCUGAUCGCAGAAGCUGUCCCCGGUGAGGACGGUACUCAGAGUGAUGCCGGUCCGUUCAAAUCGCAAGGCUAUCCGGGCGUGAGCAGAACGCCCAGCCCGCGGAUCUCGUACUGGUCCGACACGUACAUCGCUUACGCGGUCGUCGAGGGCUACGAAUCUCUGAGGGAUUUGAAUUCCGGAAGCUGGUUCUUGAAAGCCGUGUUUGACGUUAUGGCUAAUGACGCACAUACUGAGCAUCUUGACACGCUCAUGGACCGCGUCUCGCAGAGGGUUCUGGAAAGAGUCCGUCGUGAUGGACAACGUCAGUGUCCCGAGGUGAAGAAGAUUGGUUGGAGAAAAAAGCUCUUCUUCAACCCGGGACUGUCGCAGUAGAGUCCCGCAGCUCUCCCGUUAGGAUCUUCACGCAAUGUUCUUACGACGCAGCUCGGUGCGAGCAGCCGUCCCACCACAGCUCAAAAAUGGAAGCUCGAGAGGCACUGUCACCUGUCGAUAGCGGAGUUGAGAUCCUCUGUAGGGAAUCAUUCGCUUGCAAUAGCCGUGGACAAUCUCAUUGUGCUCUGUCAGCGGUAAUGCACGACCGAGAGCAGUGUGAGCGAUUUAUUUCACAACUAAAUGACAACUAUCACUUAAUUGACCUACGAAAAUUAUGAACGCCGGGCUCGAAAAAGCCAUCGUGACGUGGGAUCAGACCUGUUGUACACAUUCCCGAAACCUCGAAGCGGUGCGUCGCCGACAAAUGUUCGAUGCGGCCACACAGGAGAGUAUUUCCGCUCGUGCACAGUUUUUCCACUUUGUGCCUCAAUUUCGCGUACCACGAAUCCGCGCAGUGCGUCGGAGAGGUGUGUACGCAUACCCUGCCAUUGUUACCUGUACAUAAGUCCUUCGGGACCCCUAGAUGACGGAGCGUUGGAUGAAAUUCGCUGUAACUUAUUCUCCUACCAAAAAGACUUCGGUCCUGAGAGCGUUCGACGAUAACUUGAUGAAUUUGUUAUUUUUCCGAAGUCGUAUUUUCUAAAUAAAGUUGUUUUCGUA